AUGACAAAAAUUACCACCCCCACCACCAUCGCCGAGAUACUCCUCGGUGCCGGAGAUCGAGCCAGAGAACCGUACAAGCUGACCGCACUGGAAUUCAUCGCCCCUAGACCGACUCCUGCAAACUCCAUAGCUACCUGGUGGUGGGGUUUGCGGUUUUGCUUCGGGAGAAUCCUGUGUGAGACGAAAGGAAAACGCGCCGUUUCCACCUUUGCCAACUCAAGAGCGAUCCCACCGCGGGGAAACUCUUUCUGGUCUUGUCUCUUCAGGCUGUUCAUUGCGGCUGGAUACUUUGCUCUUCAUUUUGCCGGCUGGAACUUCACCCUCCCCACGGCCGUGGAGCAGAAACUGUGGCGCGGCGCGAUGAUUUAUUUCAUCGGCCUUUAUUGUACUUACCUGGUCGUGUUCGCCGUGAUGACACUCCUGAGUAGCUGGAUUGCAAGGAAGUAUUUUCACGAAGAGGCCAGAACCUUUAUUGAAGUUGCUUCAAUGUUCCCAAGGUGGGUUAUCCUGGGUGGACUAGUACCCAUCUAUUGA